UUGCGCGGUGGCUGCGGUGUUUCCCCCCCCCCCCCCUCCUUCCAGCAGCGCCGGCAGCGGGCGCGCUCCGGUCCCCCAGAGUGGAACCCUGCAGGCCCCGCACCUGGCGAUGGAAACGGCGCUCCCGGCUGUUGGCAAGGAAGGAAACCACCACAAAAUAACCAAGUUCACCUGAGGUGUCUGUGAAGGCAGGAAGAUGCUGUGGAAAGCGCUGCUGAGGAUGGAGCUGGGAACGGGGAACCGGGCCCCCUCCAUGCACCGGCUCCUGUCCCCCGCCCUCCGGUACCGGUCCACUUCUGUCAUGGAUAACCACCAAGUGGAACUGGCCCGAGAGCGAUCCAAGACAGUCACCUCCUUCUACAACCAGUCAGCCAUUGACGUCGCAGCAGAGAAGCCGUCCGUGAGAUUGACGCCCACCACCAUGUUGUAUUCGGGACGGUCACAGGAUGGCAGCCACCUCCUGAAAAGUGCCCAUUACCUUCACCGUGAGCUGCCCGUCCGCAUCGCCCACCGCAUCAAGGGUUUCCGCAGCCUCCCCUUCAUCCUCGGCUGCAACCCCACCAUCCUCCACGUGCAUGAGCUGUACAUCCGAGCCUUCCAGAUGCUGAGCGAAUUCCCCCCGAUCAAGGACCAAGAGGCAGAAGCCCAGUAUUGCAAGCUGGUCCGGCAGCUGCUGGAUGAUCACAAGGACGUGGUGACGCUGCUGGCUGAGGGGCUGCGGGAGUGUCGCAAACACAUCCAGGACGAGAAGGUCAUCCGCUAUUUCCUAGACAAGACGCUUACCUCCCGGCUGGGGAUCCGGAUGCUGGCGAUCCAUCACCUGGCGCUGCACGAGGAAAAGCCGGACUUCGUGGGAAUCAUCUGCACCCGUCUCUCCCCAAAGAAAAUCAUUGAGAAAUGGGUGGAUUUUGCUAGGCGUCUGUGUGAGCACAAGUACGGGAACGCCCCGCGGGUGCGGAUCAAUGGGCAUGUGGCUGCUCGCUUCCCUUUCAUCCCCAUGCCCCUCGACUACAUCCUGCCGGAGCUGCUCAAGAACGCCAUGAGAGCCACCAUGGAAUCUCACCUGGACACUCCGUACAACGUGCCCGACAUUGUCAUCACCAUCGCCAACAACGACAUCGACCUGAUCAUCAGGAUUUCGGACCGGGGUGGCGGGAUCCCGCACGAGCACCUGGAGAAGGUGACGGAUUAUCACUUCACCACGGCAGAGUCCAGCGCCCAAGACCCCCGCAUGAACACCCUCUUCGGGAACAUGGUGGACAUGGUCAACAGCGGCCAGUCGGGCCCCAUGCACGGGUUCGGCUUCGGGCUGCCGACCUCCCGGGCCUACGCCGAGUACCUGGGGGGCUCGCUGCGCAUCCAGUCCCUGCAGGGCAUCGGCACCGACGUGUACCUCCGUCUGAAACACAUCGACGGCAAGGAGGAGAGUUUCCGCAUCUAGAGACGUCCCCCCUCUCGCCGGCCCGCCGCCCCCCUCCGGCUCCGCAUGGACAUCGGCUUUGCUUCCCGUGUCUCUGUGCUUGGAUCCCUACGGACCCGAUCCCACGGCCCCGGACUCCUGGGUUCCCAGCGUCUCCGCAAGGGGGCGGGACUUUGUGCUUACGGACAGGGCGUCGCCUCCCGCUGGUUAUUCCAGUCCCGCCCCUGGGAGCAUCCUAUUGGAUUCUUUCUUCCAGGGGGGCAGGCCAUGGGUCGGCCCCAACCCCAAACAGGUUUUUAAGGCAACGGACGCUUCCCGGCGCACACACCUUCAUUGGUAGCUCCACACUGCCAGCACCUUGCACACUCGUUUUCUCAGCCUUGUUUCAUUCCCUUCUUCUAAAGAAACCAAAUCAAAGGACGGCAUUGGAGUGGGGGGAAGGCUUUUAUUGCUGCGCAUGACUCCAGAAUCGCUCCCCCACCUGUCUCUCCAGCCCGACCCCUUCACACUUUGGACAGGGGAAGAUUUUUAUGGUUGCGCCUGGACGCUGGAUUCCCCUCCCACCCACUGCACAUGGCAGAUGCUGAUUCUAGCUCUGGUUAUUGUUUUCCUGCUUUCUCGUUUACUUUGGGGGUGGGAUGGGAUGUGGAUUUGACUCUCCUCGGGAGUGGCCGGGGGAACCAGCCCCAUGACAUGUAUCUCGCUGUGAUUCCAAUUAAAAGUGCCGAUUCUGAAAGGCGGCGAGGCCAUGUGACUCUGUGCCGGAGGGAGCAGGGUGGUUCCUAGCAUCACUGUGAUCAUCUAGUCAGACACAAGCCAUACAACUUCCGGGAAUUAACUUUUGUUUGAAGUAGAGCAGAUCUUUUAGGAAAACAUCCCAUCUUGAUUUAAAAACUGCCAGUAAUGGAAAAUCUAUCACAACACUUGGGAAGUCAUUCCAGUGGUUAAUUCCUCUCAGUGUUAAAAAUUUGCUCCGUGUUUCCAGUCUGAAUUUGUCUAGGUUCAAUCUUCAGCCAUUGGACCUUGUUAGAUUUGUCCUGAUAGCUUGAACAGCCCGUGAUCAAAUAUUUGUUCCCCAUGUAGGUACUUACAGACUGGGAUCAAGUCAGCCCCCUUUGCCCUUCUCUUUGUUAAGCUAAAUAGCUGGAGCUCCUUGCGUCUGUCACUCAUGUUGGGUUCCAGGAAGUGGGUGGGGGCAAGGUUGGAUGUUUUGCUAAAAGCUCUGCUCUAGGAAUUAUUUUGGGGCAGUUCUGUGACCUGUGUUAUACAGGGAGGUCAGACAAGAUGAUCCCAAUGGUCCCUUCUGGCCUUGGAAUCCAUGACCUGCGAAAAGCCGGAGGAUACGGGUACAGGGCGUUGUGGGAAUGGCAGUGGAGUUCAGCGUGUGAGUGUGGAUGAUGAUGGGGAAAAAAAGUGCGGGAUGACACAUGGUGUCCCUGCUGUGUAGCUCUGCUCUCAGCCUCUCGUUGGGAAGGAGCUUUUCUGGUUGCUUGAGGGUGUAGCGGAAAGGAAAUGAUCCGGUGAGAAAUUUGCCCUUUUUCUUCCACCAGUGAGGGCAAGAAACUUCCUCAUUUAAACAAGAAACGAAAGUCGAGGUUCUCCUCUGUUCACAUGACAUCUUUUGGGGCUGGGGCCUAUUCUCUCCUUCCGGAAUAUCCAAACAGUAGGGGCGGGGAUGGCUGUUCCUGUCCCCCCAUCAGAUAUUAUAUCAGGGGAGGGUCCCCCAGGAGUGUUUUCUUCCUUCGGGAGCCCGUGACCAGUGCUAUCCAGGGACCAAACAGCCUUCUGGAAACAAGGGUUUAUUAGCCAAUGGAACAAAACAUUUCAGGAAAAAAUGGUUUCAAAAUAACAACCAGCCAACAGGUGUUUCUGGCUUCAUCCAGCCUUAUGAGACUUGGAUGGAUUUUUUUUAUCAUUUCAACAGAUAAUCCCGGUGUUUAUUUUGAAGCAUUUUUUUAAAUGUUUAUCAAUUAAAAUUUUCACAGUUGUGCAAAAUGAUGGGGGGUCAGCCAAUAAUUUAAUGACAGUAGAGGUUGAGAUUCAAAAAGUCCAAGCUUUAGAACCGGUCAAACACAAAUUGGCAACAUCCUAAAUUCAAGUACGUUAGCGAGAUGAGGUAAUGUUAUAUAAUAAUAUUUUUUUUUGUUGGACCAAUUUCUGUUGGUGCGGGAGCCAAGCUGUCGGGCUUCACGGAGCUCUCCCUCCGGUCCUGGAAAGGCACUCAGAGUCACUGCUAAAUAGAAGAUCGAACAGAUAGUACAGUGUAAAUAACUCAUACUCUCAGCCUCAGAGACCAUUCAAGGUGGACCAGCUCGUUAACGCUCCUUUAGUCAAUGGACGGAAAAACAGGGUGAGCGGGUUACAGAUUGUUGUGAUAAACCAUAAAUCCAGUGUCUCGGUUCAGUCCAUGGUUUUGUGUCUAGCAAAAUUAUGAAUUUAAGCUCCCAGGCUCAUCUUUUGAAAGUGUUGUGCAGGUUUCCUUUGAGGAUGGGGACUGAUAGGUCAGAUAGAGAGUGAUUGCUUUGUGAAAAGUGUUCACCCAGGGUGUUUUUGUGUUUUAUCAUUUUCCCGUGCGAGUUCAUCUGAGAGCACAGUGAUUGUCUGGUUUCACCCAACUACUGAGGCAUUUAGUGCACUGGAUGAGGUACCCCACAUGUUAUGAUAGGCAUGUGUAGGACCUUGGAUCUUGAAAGGUGUCUUGUGGAGGGUGUUGAUCAUUGUAGCAGUGGAGAGAUGUCUUCAGGUUUUGCAUCUCUUGUUCUGGCGCCACUUUGAGUUGGUGUGUCCUCGUCUGUGGGGAGCUCGCUUCUGAUGAUGAGCUUGGAGAGGUUGUUUGAAGGCCAGAAGAGGGGGUUCAGGAAAGAUUUCUUUCAGGAUGGGGUCCCUA